CCUGUUAGCACAUCUGAAAUUGUAUAUAAGGAGAUGCCAUUGAUGUGUCUGCAUAAAAGAGAAUCAUCUCAUCUCACAAUGCUCAGGCUUCUCGUACUGGCUGCUCUUGUCAUUUUGGGACAAUGUAAUAAUGAAGACAUCCGCUAUUUUGAACAGAUUCCAAAUGCACGUGUGGUAGGAGGAUCUAAUGCGGCUAGGAAUGCCUGGCCCUGGCAGGUUUCUAUUCAAUUUCUGUCUGGUGGUUACUGGUACCACAUCUGUGGAGGAACCCUCAUUCGUGCUAACCGUGUGCUGACUGCUGCUCAUUGCAUGGACACACCUGGUACCUACCGUGUGGACCUUGGAGAAUACAAUCUUGCUUCUUACGAAGGCAGUGAACAGUUCAUUGCCGUCUCUUCCUACAGGAAACACUCUUUUUGGAACCCCAGCAAUGUUGCUGCUGGAUAUGAUAUUGCUAUCCUGUGGCUGGCCUCCAGUGCUACCCUGAACAGUGCUGUGAAAUUGGCCACCCUGCCAACAAGUGGAUACACCCUGCCCAGCAACUACAACUGUAUUGUUACCGGAUGGGGGAGAGUCAGCACCAGUGGACCUAGUCCUGCGAUUCUCCAGCAAGCCACUCUGCCUGUAGUUUCCUACUCAACCUGCUCUGGCAGAUCUUGGUGGGGCAGCACUGUCAAGACCAGUAUGAUCUGUGCUGGUGGAGAUGGAAUCAAGUCUUCCUGCAAUGGUGAUUCUGGUGGACCCCUCAACUGUGCUAUCAAUGGUGUGUAUCAAGUCCAUGGUAUUGUCAGCUUUGGAUCUUCUCUUGGAUGCAACUACUACCGGAAACCAUCCGUCUUUACCAAAGUCUCUGAUUACAUCUCCUGGAUCAACAGCAACAUCUAAUCGGGAUUACACCUUUUUGCCUAGUUGGAAUAACAGCUACAACACACAACUGUUUAAAUAAGAACAACUUGCUA